AUGUCGUCUGCUGAACGCUUACAAACAGUACAUCGUAUGGAUCUCUGCACCAACUGUCUGCGCGUUAAGCAUGGUGUAGCAACUUGCGAUGCCGGAAGGUGCAGGAAGUGCAACGAAGCUCAUCACACAUUGCUCCAUGAUAGCCUGGUUCCAGCGCAGGUACAUCUGUCAUUUGGAACGGUGAACCAUGUAGCUUCGGAUUCGUUUUCGUCUGUUUUUCUGGCCACGGCUAUCAUCUGGGUGACUAGUGCAUCAGGUGAACGUAUUUCGGCACGAGCUCUUCUUGAUUCGGGAUCUCAAGCAUCCUUUGUCACCACCAAGCUUGUUGAGCAACUACAGCCCGAGACACACCGUAUCGACAUACCGUUGAAGGGAAUAUCGGGAAUGUCAACCAAAUUGAGGAAAGCAGCGUUCGUAAACAUCGGAUCUAGGCAUUCCAACCUGCAGAUGACUCUGGAGUGUGCCAUUCUGGACAAGAUCUCCGAUCAGUUACCCCAUCGUCAGUUCGACAUCGACAGUUGGAAGUUGAAUACCAGCAUACCAUUGGCAGACGAGCAUUUCAACAAACCAGCCUCUAUUGACCUGCUCAUCGGUGCCGGGGUGUUUUAUCAGCUUUUGGAAGGCGGGCGCAUUUCGUUGGGUCCAAGCAAGCCAGUGUUGCAGCAGACAGUUCUAGGUUGGGUCGUCGCAGGAGAAUGCCGCACCGAAGCUGCCAGCAACAAGCCCUCGUUGUGUCUCAUGACUUCUCUGUCUGAUGACGAAGCAGAACCUGAACCAACAGUGAACCAACUUGUCUCUCGAUUCUGGGAACUGGAAACCCUCGUGCCGCAGCGCCACCUCUCAGUGGAAGAGCGGUUGUGUGAGGACCACUACAGACAGCACACCACCAGGGACCAUACUGGGCGGUACGUCGUAAAACUCCCGUUCAAGCGAGAUCCAGUCGAGAUUGCGGAGACCGGGUACCAGGCAUUAAAGCAGUUUGAUCUUCUGAAAACACUGCUGAACAAGGAUCCAGAACGUCAGAAGAUGUACGAAGAAUACAUCAACAAUUUUAUCAUAGCGGGUCACAUAAGCAGAGCAGAGCCAUCUACGAAACAGCAACGCACGAUAUUCCUGCCUCACCAUUGCGUGCUGAAGGAGGACAGCACUACGACGAAGCUUCGAGUGGUUUUCAACGGGUCGAUGAAAUCCAGCAACGGAGUGACGCUCAACGACUUGCUGAUGACAGGGCCGGUCGUGCAGAAGUCUCUUUACUGCAUUCUUCUCAAUUUCCGAACCCAUCGAGUUGCAUUAACCGGAGAUAUCGAGAAAAUGUAUCUGCAGGUUAGAGUGUCACCAGAGGAUAGCGAUCGGAUUCGUAUGAUCUGGCAAGAGCCGGGUCGAAAGGUGGCUGAGUACCGGAUGAACACAGUCACGUUUGGUUUAGCAUGCGCACCUUUUCUGGCAACACGCACCCUUAAACAACUUUUCAUCGAUGAGGGCAACGAGUUUCCGAUAGCGAAGGAAUCGGAAAAUGACAUCUACGUCGACGACUGCUUGACCGGUGCUGACACCGUCGAGGAAGCCAUCGAGAAACGGAUGCAACUGACUAGACUCCUACAGAAAGGCGGAUUUCCCAUUCGCAAGUGGGCCUCAAAUGAAUUUUCAGUGCUGCGAGCUGUUCCACCCAACGACCGAGCAAGUGAGUUGGCCUUAGACCUCGAACCCGACCCAACAAUCAAGACGCUUGGGCUAAAAUGGCAGUGUCGCAGUGAUUUGUUCGUGUUUGUGGCGAAUUGUGAUCCCUUCCAAGCCGUAUUCACCAAACGACAAGUGCUCUCAACGAUAGCGAAGAUAUUUGAUCCUCUAGGAUUGAUCGGACCCGUCGUAACUAUUGCAAAGGUCUUCAUGCAGGAGAUAUGGAAGAUUGCCAGUGACUGGUCAGACCCGCUACCGGCCUCUUUCAACCAACGAUGGAGGACGUACCUGACCCAUCUACGAGAAGUCUGGAGAAUUAAGGUGCCUAGGAGAAGCAUCUCGAUCGACAAACCCACACGCAUCUAUCUACACGGUUUCUGUGACGCGUCGGAGCUCGCAUAUGGGGCGGUAAUCUACUUACGCGCCAUUGACAAGUAUGGUAACACCAGUUCGCGCCUUCUGUGCUCGAAGUCAAAGGUUUGUCCGAUCAAUCGCCCAACGAUUCCUCGCAGCGAAUUGUGCGCUGCCGCACUAUUAGCAGAAUUGAUAAAGACGGUCAAGCAGAAUCUUCGCCUAGAGAUCAACCAAACCUUAGCCUUCAGUGAUUCGAUGACGACUUUAGCGUGGAUAGCGGGUGACCCAUCAAGAUGGAAGACGUUCGUAGCAAAUCGCGUGGUGCAGAUCAACGAGAUUCUUCCUGCAAUCAACUGGAGGCACGUACGCACCCAUCAGAAUCCAGCCGAUCUCUUAAGUCGAGGUGCAGCUCCCGUGUCACUUGCUGAAAAUCAUCUGUGGUGGUCGGGUCCGGACUGGGAACCUGAAAGUUUACGAGAGCCGCAAGAAGUUCAUCUUGCGCCAAAGGAGAAGGAGGCGAUGGACAAAGAGAAGCGCAGGUCAGCAGAGGUGGCUUCUUACUACAUGGUAGCUAGCGAUCUUCUAGAUGACAUCAUAGCGAGGUAUUCAUCUUAUCGAACUAUGGUCAGAGUUACAUCCUGGAUGAUCCGUUUCGUCGUCAACAUUCAACUCCCCCGAGAACACCGAAACACAGGUCCUUUAUCAGUGGGUGACUAUGAGGCAGGUGAAAGAAUGCUCGUCCGGUAUUCACAACAUCAGGCGUUCGACGCUGAAAUCACGGCACUUCAACAAGGCGAACCCUUGCCGCAUAAGAGUAAACUGUGGCCAUUAACACCAUUUCUGGAUGGCGGACUCCUCAGGGUGGGCGGCAGGUUGGCGAGGGCGGAUAUGAUCUACGAGUCGAAACACCCUUGGAUCCUACCCGCAGGUUGUCGUUUAGCGAAGGUUUUGUUUCAUCAAGAACACGUGAAGAAUCAUCACAUCGGAGCACAAGCACUACUGGCGUUCACUCGGCGACGAUUUUGGGUUCCAAACGGAAGGAAUUUGGCACGCAAUACUGUUUGGAGCUGCAUUCCGUGCUAUCGAAAGAGCCCAGAGCGUGGUUUGACUCAGCCAAUCAUGGGACAGCUUCCACCAGAACGAGUGAAUCAGGCCCCCCCAUUUUUCAUCAGCGGAGUCGAUUACGGUGGCCCCAUCACAUUGGUCGAUCGUCGCGGCAGAGGCGCAACAUCAACGAAAGGGUACAUCGCUAUAUUUGUAUGCUACGCAACAAGAGCCGUUCACAUCGAAGCGGUUACGAAACUCACAACUACCGCGUGUCUCGCAGCGUUGAGGCGUUUCAUCGGGCGUAGAGGAGCAGUUGGACAUCUCUAUAGCGACAAUGGUACAAAUUUCCAAGGAGCAUCGCGAGAAAUGCGGGCAUGGUACAAAAAAAUCCAAUCGGAUGAUCACAAUCAGCGAGUCGCUAAUUUCCUGUCGGCUGGAGGCACACAGUGGCAUUUCAACGUUCCCGGAGUCCCUCAUCUAGGCGGCCUGUGGGAAGCGGCGAUAAAAACCGCAAAACACCACCUCAACAUCGUGACCGGAAACGCGCGCUUAACCUUCGAAGAAUUUACCACUUUGUUGAUCGAAAUUGAGGCAAUCAUGAACUCAAGACCAAUUUCUCCAUGCUCAAAUGAUCCAAACGAUCUUCAAGCCUUGACACCGGGUCAUUUGCUAAUUGGACGACCCAUCAAGGAGCAGAAUGAAAACGGAAAUUAUCUUCCCAAUCCAGAUGUCCCCUACGACUUAAGAUUCCGGUACAUAAUGGAGCUGAAGAACCAUUUCUGGGAACGUUGGCACAGGGAAUAUAUUCCCGAACUCCAAAUCAAAGGAAAAUGGCAAAAACCUUCGAACGAGAUUAUUCCCGGGGAUCUAGUUCUCAUCAGAUCCAAAAAUUUACUUUCAACCCAGUGGAGAUUAGGUUGGGUGCUGAAGUUGCAUGAUAGUCCGGAUGGUCAUCCCAGGUUAGCAACAGUAAGGGUCCAGUCCGGAGAAAUAACUCAAACCAUACACAACAUAAGUAAGCUUCCAACAACCGAACGGGAAAAUUCAUGA